AUGCCCUUCACUUUCAAACAAAAUGUCUCAGCACAGCAGCUGGCCGACAUCCUACCGAACGGCGUCGCCAUCCUCACCCACCGAUAUGAACUAGUCUCCGUGAAUCGCCGCUUCCGGGAACUCGUCCCAUACCCCAGCGUCAACUUCUCCGAUUGCUGGUUAAGCUCGGUCCAUCCAGACGACUACGACCGAGUGUCCGCUGGGUAUCGGGAGGUCGCAACCUCCAAACAACCGCUACGUCUCGAAUACCACACCCGCGACCCGGACUCGAUUUGGUGUGUCAUGACAUUAGAUCGGUUGGAUGAUAAAGAUGUACAAUGCUUUGGGCUAGGCGAAGGCGGGGUGUUCAUAUGUACAAUCGCAGAUAUCACACCGGAGAAAAGGGCAGAGCUCGUACAGAAGCAGGCUGCGGAAGAGGCACAGGAACGAAAGAAGCAACAAGAGCGAUUCAUCGAUAUGAUCAGUCACGAAAUUCGCAAUCCUCUAUCUGCGAUAGUACAUUGCACGGAGGAUAUUCAAGAAGCAAUCUAUAACAAGAAGCCGGAGGAAAUCUCGGUCAUGGACAUCACCGAGGCGACCGAGACAAUCAGUCUCUGCGUCAGGCAUCAAAAGAAAAUUGUGAAUGAUGUUCUCACCUUUUCAAAGCUUGACGCAUCGAUGCUGCCGCUGUCGCCACGAAGGGUCCAACCACAGCGACAUCUCACCAUUCCGAUGGCGAUAUUCCGACCCGAGCUCCGAAAGCAGAGGAUACAGUUUGAAUACAAGGCCGAUGUUUCCUAUGCCGAAUGCGGCAUUGAUUGGGUCAUGGCAGAUUUAGAUCGGAUGGGCCAGGUUCUCGUCAACAUACUCUCAAAUGCUAUCAAAUUCACCGCCGAAUCGGAGAGUCGACGAUCGAUCCGAGUCACGGUCGGUGCUUCGCUCGAGCGUCCACCUUCGUACCCGCCAAAUAUUGUCUUCUUCGAUUCAGGUGUAUCAGGGCUCCGCCAAGACGCGACUGACAACCCCGAAUGGGGACGUGGCGAAAUUGCAUAUAUCAUGGUCGCCGUCAAGGACUCUGGUAUUGGGGUCACCGAGGAAGCCCAGAAACGGCUCUUCGAGCGUUUCAAUCAAGCAACUCCCAAGACCGAGAGCAUCUACGGUGGCUCUGGUCUUGGACUCAACGUGUGUAGGAAGCUCUGCCACCUCCAUGGGGGUGAAAUUGGCGUGAGCUCGAAGGAAUCUCACGGAAGUACCUUCGGGUUCUUUUUCAAAGUCCGCAGAACAACCAACGACGCUGGCGAAAGGGAUGACAGCCCUAGCAUUUCAGCAAUCGAUAAGCUCUGUGUUGAUAUCCAGUCACUGGGAAAUACAAUGCGCGAUAGGGUCUUUGAGGCAGACCCAGAUGCCCCGAAGGAUAGUCACACAAUGCGCACCCACGGUAUAGCCCGCGAGGUCAAGAGCGAUGAGAUCAAACGGGCGGAUCGGAAUCCAUCACAUCGCGAUCAGGAGAAACUAACCGGCGACGGUCAGCGUAUUCUCUUGGUUGAAGAUAACAUUAUCAACAGGCGAAUCAUAUCGCGCAAGUUGAAUACACUGGGGUAUGAUAUAUCGGAAGCGAGCAACGGGAAAGAAGCUGUGGAUGCGAAUCAAAAUGACCCAUUCGACUGCAUUCUCAUGGACCAGCAGAUGCCUGUGAUGGAUGGCAACUGUGCCACGAAAGCAAUCCGUGAUAUUGAAAAGGAAAGCGGAGGACAUGUACCAAUUCUGGGAGUCACAGCGAAUGUCAGAGAGGAACAACAACAGGAAAUGAUGGGUGCUGGAAUGGACGACAUCAUCUAUAAACCUUACGGAACUCAGGAACUUGUUAAAAAGAUCAAUCGCAUGAUUUCGAAGGAAGGGAAGCCAUGA